AUGUUGUCGCAAAACCAACCCGACGUCAACACUCUGUUGCACAAUAUGCAUGCACAGAUUUUGGCGUUGACUAUGCAACUUGCCGAUCUGGAGGCAAACCCCCCUGCGGCAACCCCCUCGGUUGAGAAGAAUGGUGGAUCAAACUCCAAAUUUGGGUCAAGGCAAACUGGGAUGCAUUUGCCGAUGACUUUGAGACUUCAGGAGUGCUACACUGUGUGGCCUACCUGGGACGAUCUCAAGGUUGAGAUUGAAAAAUAUUUCAAACCACAGGCUGAGCGUGACUGGGCUCGCCAAUAA